AUUUAGUCAUAAACUGACCUCCAGUGAAGCCGCUGUUUACCUUCGUUUGACGUCGACUCAGUCGGGUGCAGGCUGGUGGCGGUGCUUUUGGCUGUGGGUGGAGUUGGGGAGGAGCAAUUUACAAGCGGUUACAUCAGAGGCACUGAGAGAGAGAGGAAUAGUAGUAUUCAAGCCAGAGAAAGUGUCGCAGUUUUGGUCCAAAAAACAAAGCUGAAAGCUCCUGCAUCAUGAGUUCUGAAACAACUGAACAAACUAUAACAAUGAAGACGGGGGAAGCAGCUGCUCCUGCUGACACUGCUGCAGCUGCAGUGAAAGAGAAAUGGAAGUGCCCCAUGGGUGAUCAUCAUGUCCAUAGAGAUGAUGUCCGAAAGGUUUGGAAAGAGUGUCAAGAGGAAAGCUUCUGGUACCGAGCACUUCCCUUCUCUGUGGGUAGCAUGGCUGUUACUGGUGGUCUUAUCUACAACGGCAUAUGGAAAUCAUCAAAGCGAUUUGGUCCCUUUCCAAAACUAGCAGUUGCUGGGAUCCUUGGUUAUGCAGUAGGGAAAGCAUCUUAUGUUGGGGCUUGUCGAAGCAAAUUUCAACAGGUUGGCCUUGAACUUGGACCAGGAUCUAGACCCUGGUCUAAGGGAGGUGGCUUUGGACCUUUUAAUAAGUCUGGUCCUGGACACAGAUCCUGCCACCAUGUGUGUGAAGAAUGUAAGAACAAAGCUCAAGAUGCACCUGCAGAACAAGUGAAAAGCUAGAGGAAACACUGAAGGAUCGACCGUCAGUGUGGAUAUAUCAGUCCCUUUUUUUGUUUUUGAAAUGCCAUAAAUACUGCCUAUAAUU